UUUCUGUUUGCAGAUGUAUGAUAAGCCAAGUAGUGAGUUAUAAUAGCUGUACUGAACUUCUAAACUCUGGAAGAAUUGCCUAGACAUUGGUUCAGCACUUGAAUGUCAACUGUUUGCAUUCUGAAAUAGGUAAAAAAAUGUCAGCAGCAGUACCAUACAUGAAAAUGAAAAUUGAUCCAUGGAAUCUGCAGAUUCAGACACGUACUGUGGAGAAGUUACUGGAACCUCUCAUUAUUCAGGUUACCACAUUAGUCAAUUGCCCUCAAAACCCUUCUAACAAGAAAAAAGGAUGUUCCAAACGAGCCCGUGUUAUCCUUGCUUCUGUGGAAGAAGCUACUUGGAACUUACUGGACAAAGGAGAGAAAAUUGCUAAGGAGGCCCCUGUGUUAAUAGAGGAACUUAAUGUUGCACUUCGUGAUGUCCGCAAAGAAAGUGAAGCUUUGAAGGUAACAGCAAAAAAGUUCACAGAUGAUCCUUGUUAUUUACCUAAAAGGGAGGCAGUUGUCCAAGUAGCACGUGCUCUUCUGGCUGCUGUUACAAGACUUCUUAUUCUGGCAGAUAUGAUUGAUGUUUCAUACCUUUUGCAACAUCUAACCACGGUUCAAAGGACAUUUGUGACUCUUCAAAAUGUAGCAAGUAAAACUGAACUACAGAAAACAUAUAAAAGCCUUCAGAAAGAGUUGAAAAAGCUGGACCAUUUGGCUUACAAACGACAACAGGAUUUAAAAUCCAACAAUCAGCGUGAUGACAUUGCAGCAGCACGUGCUUCCCUGAAGGAAAAUUCAUCUCUUCUCCAUUCAAUUUGCUCUGCUUGUUUGGAACAUUCGGACAUUGCAUCUCUCGCAGCCAGCAAGGAUUCUGUUUGUAAUGAAAUACAGAAUGCUCUUGAUGCCAUUUCCGGUGCUUCUCAAGGAAUUGGAAAUGAAAAGGUUCAGCCAACAUCACAGUCGGGUACUCUUGGAAGUGCCCUUCAUGAAUUUGAGAAUUUGGUUUCCUUGGAUCCUCUUACCAUGAAUGAAGACAAAAUAAAGCCAUCACUAGAAAAGCGUUUAGAAGGAAUUAUCAGUGGAGCCGCUUUGUUAGCAGAUUCUUCUUGCACACGUGAUCUUCACCGUGAGCGCAUUAUCACUGAGUGCAAUGCUAUUCGCCAAGCACUCCAAGAUCUUCUUUCAGAGUACAUGAAUAAUGCUGACAAAAAAGGAAGGAGCAAUGCCUUGAAUAUUGCAAUAGAUAAUAUGUGUAAGAAGACAAGAGAUCUCCGCAGGCAGCUUCGCAAAGCUAUCAUUGAUCAUAUCUCAGACUCCUUUUUGGACACAACUGUUCCACUUCUAGUGCUCACUGAAACUGCCAAAAAUGGAAGAGAAAAGGAAAUAAUGGAAUAUGCGGCUAUAUUUAAAGAACACACAUUCAGGAUUAUUGAGGUGGCUAAUCUUGCUUGCUCAAUAUCAACAAAUGAAGAAGGAAUUAAAAUUGUCCAAACAGCAGCCAAUCAUAUGGAAACUUUGUGCCCGCAGGUCAUCAAUGCUGCCUUAGCUCUUGCAGCCAGACCCAAAAGCCAGGUGGUGAGAAGCAACAUGGAAAUGUAUAAAAACACAUGGGACAAUCACAUACGUGUGCUCACUGAAGCUGUGGAUGACAUUACAAGCAUUGAUGACUUUCUUGCUGUAUCAGAAAGCCAUAUCCUGGAGGAUGUAAACAAGUGCAUCAUUGCACUAAGAGAACAGGAUGCUGAUGGUUUAGAUCGUGUAGCUGGUGCCAUUCGAGGGCGUGCGGCAAGAGUGGCACACAUUGUUUCUGGUGAGAUGGACAAUUAUGAGGCUGGGGCCUACACUGAAGGAGUGAUGAGACAUGUGCAGUAUCUUACAAAUGCUGUGAUUCCAGAGUUUAUUACUCAAGUCAACACUGCACUGGAAAAUCUAAGCAAGAAUACGAUUCAUCUGUUUGAUGACAAUCAGUUUGUUGACAUCUCUAAGAAGGUCUAUGACACAGUUCAUGACAUUAGAUGCUCAGUUAUGAUGAUUCGGACCCCAGAAGAACUUGAAGAUGUCUCUGACCUUGAAGAUGAUCAUGAUACACACAGCCGCACCAGUAUUCAAACCGAAGGGAAAACUGAUAGGGCAAAAAUGACUCAGUUGCCAGAAGCAGAGAAAGAAAAGAUAGCUGAACAAGUGGCCGACUUUAAGAAAGUCAAGAGUAAGCUUGAUGCAGAGAUUGAAAUAUGGGAUGAUACCAGCAAUGACAUCAUCGUUCUGGCUAAACGGAUGUGUGUGAUUAUGAUGGAGAUGACAGACUUCACAAGGGGUAGAGGACCACUGAAGGAUACAUCAGAUGUGAUUAAUGCAGCAAAAAUGAUCUCAGAGUCAGGAUCAAGAAUGGAUAUGCUUGCAAGACUAAUUUCUAUCCAGUGUCAAGACCCAUCUUGUAAGCAGGACUUACUGGCUUAUCUGGAACAGAUCAAACUGUAUUCCCACCAGCUCAAAAUCUGCAGUCAGGUUAAAGCUGAAAUCCAGAAUUUAGGCGGAGAACUCAUCAUGUCAGCAUUGGACAGUGUGACUUCACUAAUUCAGGCUGCCAAAAACUUGAUGAACGCCGUGGUGCAGACAGUGAAGAUGUCCUAUAUCGCCUCUACGAAGAUUAUCAGAAUUCAGAGUCCUGCUGGCCCACGACACCCUGUGGUGAUGUGGCGGAUGAAGGCUCCAGAAAAGAAGCCUUUGAUUAAGAGAGAGAAGCCAGAGGAAAUCUAUGCAGCUGUUAGGAAAGGGUCGGCUAAGAAGAAAAUCCAUCCCGUUCAAAUCAUGAGUGAAUUUAGAGGAAGAGAAAUAAACUGAAAUUAUUAUUCUGUUCACUGCACAGGUUUCCUACACUGAGAGGCUGCUUGUUCUAUAUAGGUAUUUUUUCACUUCUUUAAUCCAUCAUAACUUUUAAAAAUGUUUUCUUCGAUUUUUAAGCAUGCUUUAAUAUUUAUCAUUAAUUUAAUAUAUUUGAUCUGGCAUCUCACCAUUUUGAACACAAUAUUAGAGAAAUGAUGAAACAAUAUCAUGUUGUGCCACAUUAAAAAUAAGCCUUUACUCAAAGGUUCAGAUUGCUCACAGCACUUCGUAUACGUUAUUUCUCCAUAUUCCUUAAAAACAACUUUGGAAGGUAGGCUGCAUUGUCCCCAUGUUGCACAAGGGGGCUGAGGCAGGUGGUUUAAUGUCAACUAGAGACUUCAUGAUUAGAGAGGCAUAGAUUAGUCUGUUUUCACUCCAUGCUGCAAUUUUUUAAAAAAUGCAAAAAAAUUCAUAUUGCAGAGAAUGAAUUCCUAGAGCAUCCCUAUCCAUGGUUAUAGAUUUGAAUUAAGAUUGUUAUUAUUCACACUCCCAGGCACUGCACUGCAGCAACUCUCACAUUUAUUUCUAGUACUAUAGCUAAUAAGACUAGAUUUUUGUUCAUGUUUUGAAAUACUGGCCUAAUUAAAGUCAAUGGGUGGCCUUCAGAAAAAUGUUAAAAUAAACCGCUCUACAAGGAUAAUGUAGAAUUGGGCCAACAGUUCAAGCGAUGGAAACUGAUACAGCUACAGAGUGUGUAGAACUUCAGGAAUAGAAAGAAAACCUUGUUCUUCAAGCCAACCUUCUCUUGCUUGUUUCAUAGCUCUCUUUUUUGGAGGGGAGGCUUGCUGAUUCAUUCAACUGUUCUGCCUUCUUUUUUCAAAGUUACUGUUCUUGCUUAGCAAUAAUAUAUAUAUAUAUAAACCUGAGGAAAAUUGAAUUUGUAUUAAACAAUUAGAUAUCCUGCAUAGUAUGGAAUUGACUAUUGUACAUUAUAAGAGAAAAAUGUUUAAAAUGUAAGAAUGUUUCUUGAGUUUGCAGGAUGUUUCUCUCUUGUUUUUUCUGUUUUCUCAAGUGAUGUUUUCACAGAUCUUUACCAGCUGUUGCAAUUACUUUAAUGAUGAGUUGCAUAGACCUAUGGGUUGAUGCCAUCGUGUGAUAAGGUCACACAGUGUUAUAUAAUUAGGGAACCAAGCACCACUAAAACAAAAGGAAUCAAGGUAUAAUUCUCCCUAGGGCCAAAAUACCAAAUCCUAGCUGGCGGCAUUAAAGGAUGCAAAUAAUCUUUGCUAAAGAGAAAACCACCAUUUGUUUCAACAUUGUCAAAAUUCAGAAUCCAUUAUAACUUUCUGUAUGGUUUAUAUGAAAACUGUGGUAAUUAUACCUUUCAUAAAAUCCAUUUAACUAUAGCUCUCUAGCCCUUUCACAUUGAUUUGCCCCAGUUGUAUUCAGGACUUACUAUAAUGAUUAUAAAUCCCAUACGCAAAAUUAAUAGUGGGGGGGAAUAAAAAGGGAAAAAAGGAGUGCUUGAUAUGAUGGAGCAGCGAAUCAUUUUUGUAAAUGACACAAACAAACAAAAAUCAACUUUAUUGUGACACUAAGAUAUAUUGAAAUGUAACAUAGGGAGACAUGACAGCGUAGGAAUAAACCUCUUUUCCUGUGGUGCCCCAGCUCUCAAAAUGUGACAAUUUGAGAACGGAAAUAGCUUAGUGAAUUAUUACUUUAAUGUGUUUCAGAGUGUACACCAAAGAUGAAAGGAUUUUGAAAUCUUUGAUUAUCAGAUAUUUGGAACAAAGUCAGCUCUGUCACUGUGAACUUUCUUCAUUCCUCCAUCAUUCUCUCUCUCAGGGGGAUGUACUUUCUGAACACAGCAUGAAUGGGGAGUGGGAUCCUGCCCUGUGCUCUUGCAUGCCUCCCCUGCCUCAUCUCCCUGGAUAGGAAGUAAUGCCUGACAUAACCAAAUACUAUGUUUAUCUAUAUCAAGAAUCUUCCUAAAAUGUUAUCUCUCCCUGGAAAGCCUGAGACCGACUCUCUUUUCAUACCAGAAGUAGGCCUGCAGUGCCCAUAAUCUAUCAAUAAUUAAGAAAUUUUAGCAAGAGAGGCCCUGUUUGGGUCCUUUGCUUAUACCAGGGGUGGGGAACUGGAUCUGGCUAGGAGACCAAGUCCUGGAUUUCCAAUUCCUCUAGCAGGCCACUUCAACUAAGAGAUGGUGACUUCAAGCCCUACUUCCUGUAAGGGCCAGCUGUGCUACUGAGUGCCACAUGAGAAGUCCAUGGUUCAGCCAAUCUAGCGGGCUUCAAGUCACCACCUAUCAGCUGACAGGCAGUGACUUCAAGUCCCGCUUUGGGCAGGGUCCAGCUGUGUGAUUAAAUUUCCCAUGGGGAACUCCAUAGUAUAGCUGAUCCCAGCGGGCAGGAAGUCUCCCUUACUAAUGAACAAUCAGGAGCACACUUUAAGGCUUCUGACUGGCAGAUGUGUCUCCUACUUGCCCCACACCUAAUAUCACUUAUGAUGUCAGGGGCAGGUAGGCACAGUUUUGGGGAAACAGCUUCAUGAGCCAAAUGGGGCCCCAUGCUAGGUCUAACUGGGCCCAUGGCAUGGAGGUCACCCACCCCAGCUUGCAAGCAAAGAGGAUGGGAACAAGUGCACUAAGCUCUUCCCCUUGUGAUCCUCCAAGUUAUGGAUCAUGAAGGUAUGAAGUGAGGAGCUUUCACUACUUGUGGAAGUGCCCUGCACACUUUAGACCCCUGAUAAUGCUGAUGGAGCAUGGCACUUCCUCCCUGCUCACCCUGCCUGUGCUCAGAUUUUGCUGUAAUCCGCCCAGAGAGCUUCGGCAAUGGGGCCGUAUAUAAAUGUAAUAAAUAAAUAAUACGUGUGAGCAGAAUGGCCAAAUAGGGCUAGAAGCUAAUGUCUACUUUCUACCAAGUGCUGGAUGCUCUCACCCUGUCUUUAUGGGGCAUAAAAUAGCAGUGCCUCUGCAUAUUCAUCAUUAUGCCGUAUAGCAUGCGGUUGAGGUUAAAAUAUAGUAGUUGCUUCCUUCACUUCAAGUAGAUUACAUGAGCAGGAGCGAAAAGCUUUGCUCUGAGUUUGUAAGACUCAGCAGCAACAAAGCUUCACAUCUGUUGCAGUGGUUGCUAGGAAACUGUUAACAAUUCCCUGGAAAAUUCAUUAGAAAUGUUGGCCAUCAAAGCUUCUGUGAUUAGUUAGCAGGUAUAAGUAGGGUUGGGAUGAGAAAAUAUUAGGUAUGAUGAUCAUGAUGAGUCAAGGACAUUCCUCUCCUCCCCAAAGAGUUUUUUAGAGUGAGUGGGAAACUUAUUCCUUGAAUGCACAGAUCUCUUGGGAGGCGAAGUUGUAAGAAACUCCAACCACAAGGGACAGAAAACUGUAACUUUGCCUACGGUGACAUAGUCCUGUGACCCACAAAUAUUGCUGCUGGUGGGUUUGUGACUUGGCUGGGAUCAGCUUCAGGUUUGGGAGGGGCCUUGGCAGAAUACCCUCUGGUGGGUCCCUCGCUAGGUGGGUGAGCCCCAGUGAUGAUGGCAACAGCGAGCACAGAAGUGGUCCAUGCAGCACUGGGCAGCUACAAAUCAUCAUUUUAAUUUUUCACAAUGUAACACUGCUCCAGGGUACUGUGGGAAAUUUGAACGGUUCCCAGAUCCAACUCUGAUUGGUGUGCUGAUUUUUUUUUAAAAGAGAGACUCAGGACAGGCAUCAAUCAAUGGUGGGCCCUGCAGGAAGUGGUAGGAGCCCAGCAAUUGCCUGAGGAUGUUUUGUGCCAAUGCCAAGCCUGGCUGAUAUGAAAUAACUGGCACGCUUGUGUGAGGAGAUGACUGUUGUGAUUUGCACAAAUCCGGGAUGCAGUAAUCCUAUCAAUUGCAGCAAACUGCAAAUUCCAACCCCAGAGGGGGCUCCAAGUGGCCACACCAUUUGAUCCCAGUUGCGUCAUGAGCCCACUAGCACCAGCAGCACUUCCCACAAGUAGCUGUAUGCCUAUGAACCAGGCAUUAGAGUUGCAUCCCCUGAAACUUGAAAUCCACAAGGGUCAUAUUGCAGAUCUUCUGACAUGUCCUCCUAAUCAUUUGUUGAAAGCCUUUCACUUCUUGGAGCCAUGUCUUUGUUUCAGCUCACUGUUUCAGCUCGCUUUGAUGCUUAUGAGUCAAAGUGUGACUCACGAUUUGAUAUGACGCAUUAUUAACCAAGUUGAAAUAAAUGUUGUUCGGCACACACGGAAGUGAAUCUCUUACAUUUCUUCUAUUAUAAUUUUGGGUAAGAUUGGAAAACUUGAAGGAACAAUGUAAUUGAAAGGUGCAGAAGGUAAGCAGUUUGCAGAACCGCAGGAGCUAAGCAGUUUAGGGCCUGGCCAGUAGAUGGAUGCAUGACCAUGAGAUGAUGAUGAUGAGCUCUGCUGAAUCAGACCAAAGCCCCAUCUGGUCCAGCAUUCUGUUCUCACUGUAGUCAAUCUGAUACCAAUGGGAAGACUGCAAGCCUGACCUGAGCACAAUAGAACUCUCCCCACUCAUGUUCUGCAGAGGCCUGCUGCCUCUGAUACUUCAGGUGGUACAUCGCUAUCAUGACUAGGAGCCAAUGCUCCACGAGUUUGUUUUAUCCCAUUUGAAAGCCAUCCAAGAUCCGCUUCAACCCCUGCAAACGAGAGCUUUGGAAGCAGGCUGGAAUACAAAAAGAAAUUCAUUUAAAAACUACAUCAUCAUAACUGAAACAUUUUUCAAGCUAGCUACAGACCUAGAAGAAACAACUAGAAUUCUAGGCUGGGAGAGCAGCUGAAAAGUUAUGGUUGGGGGUGGUGGUUGUUUUUUUCUAAAUGUUCUACCAUUACAAAUGCCUGAAAAUCAAAACAUCAGAAUAGGUCCUAUCAGUCUGAAAUUUGACAUGGAGUUGAUAAGUGCAGGGGAAUUCCAGAAGCAUCCCCAUUGCCCAAAAAUAAUAGUUCCACCCUUAAACUCUGCCUAACUGGGUACAAAGGAGAGGAGUGGGCCCAGGGAGACAAUAUUUGCAAUAUCCAGUCAAAAAAGAGACCUGUCCAUUGGUCUGGGAGCUUCCUGAGAACAUAAGCAUCUUUUAAAGUGAAGUGAAGUGUGCCUCCAAGUAUGUCCAGAGAACAACAAAACAACUCUGUUCUAGUGGUACUAGAUUCUGCUGGUUAACGUACUCCAUAAUUGGAAUGAGUCUCACGAAGCCUGUAUCCCAUAAUAUGAUGAUGAUGAACUGCCUUCAAGUUGAUCCCGACUUAUGGCAACCCUAUGAACAGAGUUUUCAUGGUAAGCUGUAUUCAGAGGGGGUUUACCAUUGCCUUCCUCUGAGGCUGAGAGGCAGUGACUGGCCCAAGGUCACCCGGGGAGCUUUAUGGCUGUGUGGGGAUUCAAACCCUGGUCUCCAAGGCCAUAGUCCAGCACUCUAACCACUACGCCACACUGGCUCCCAUCCCAUAAUAAAUUUCAUGGCAAAAGACAAAGAAGCAGACAUGAUGAAACAGUAGAUGUGUAUCCCUAACCUUUAAAUAAACCAGAAAGAAGUGGAUUAAAAUAAAAUAAGAUUGUGAUGCAAAUGAGAACAAGUGUUAGGAUAGCUAUGCAAGAUGAAUUAGCAAGGGAGAUCAAAGUGCAGAGGUGGAGGUGGCAAACUGUUGUAGACUGGCCCAAUAACCAGUGUGAUUCCUGGGUAGGAAUGUCAGAAUUCUGACAAAAACAGAAGUGGGAGUGGAAAUUGCCAAUGUUUGCUUUUCAUUCCGUCUCUGGAAUAGAAAUCAAUCUAGCAAAUUUCAUUGGUAUUUGCUGAUGCUGUUGCUUUCAGUCCACAAACUGAUCAUGUUAUUUUAUGUUUUGCAGUGUUUUCU